GAUUUUCCCGGUGUCCGUGAACGAGCUCUCACACAGCGUUCAGGGAGUCACACGUUCAAUGCGCAGCCGUAAACGGAGCACGGACGCGGGCAAGGCAGCUGCCGCUGACUCCAGCUUGACUUUUUAACUCAGCCGCUGUGUCGAGGGGACCGAAAAACAGGAGAACCGUCCGAUUGUGGACACAACAUACGUGUAAAAUAACCUUUGUGGCACCUAACGGCUCUUAAACGUGUGUCGUCUUCAUGCAGAGGGCCUAGGCUCAGGACGCUGCUGCGGCUGCUGCUUCAGUAAAGCCAUGAUUGGAUGAAGAAAUAACCAUUGACUACCAGUAUGGACCUGCUCCAUCCUGGAGUUUUCAACCAUCCCUAGCUCUCAGAUCUGAGUCCACAUAACUCUGAACAGUGACCACAGCCAGUGUAUGACAGACCUGUCAGGUGAUCUGUCUGGUGCAACGAUGAUGUCAGUAGACGUGACCAAUCGUAACGGCCCUGUCGCCACGCCCCCCACCUCACUCAGCCUUCGCUCUUCACACAACCAGCUCCUCACCAGCGAUGCCAUCAAACAAGGCUCCGCCACUCCUCCCAAAUGUCGGAAGAAGUAUGCGCUUACCAGCAUCCAGGCCGCCAUGGGCCUCGGUGAAGUGGUGCCGCCUUCAUCAGCAUCAUCAUCUCCAUCGUCAUCCCCGUCACAGUCCUCAACUCCCAACAAUCCCAAACUAGCAAAGAAUGGGGUGAACCAGCUUCGUAAAGCUGGCCAGGACCACAACAAAAACACAACUGACCCUGAUUUGAUGGAUUCAGAAAUAGUAGCAGAUGACCUUAAUGUCAACGUGGCAGAGGAACAAGACAGUCACACUCUUACUAAUAAUGAUCGAGAGGAAGAUGCCGACCUUCACCCAGAUACUCACAGUGAUGUAGAGGCUGAGCAGACGACAGAGCCUGACUUGGACUGUAACAUAAACACGACUGUGGAGCUCAAACUGAGCAGCAGCACGGCUGAUUUGGACUUUGACUCAGAGGACACCAAUGACAUCAGCAUCUUGUCUGAGAAGGAAAUGAUGUUAAAGAUGAAGAUCGAGGAAGAUGAGAUGGUGGGGGAAGAGGAAGAUGAGGAGACGAAGCCUUUACUGACAGUAGACAGUGAGCCCCUUGUGAAGAACCACAAAGUUUCUCCAGGCCUGGAGCUCAUCUCUGACCUCCACUCCAACCUCAAGCUCCUCAAAUCUGGCAAGAACUCUCCAGUACCCCCUCCUCCUUCCCCACCCAAGCAAGCCAGUCCAGAAGACACUCCCCUGCUCUCCAUGGUCUCCUGCCCCUCCUCUUCCUCCUCAUCCUCCUCUCCAGAGACAAAGAAGGACAGAAGAACUGGUGCAAAGACAGACUGUGCUUUGAACCGCAUCCAGAAUCUGAACCCCAGUGACGAAGAGUUGAGCUGGACUACCUUGUCCCAGGAGAGCAACUCGCCAGAGGAGACAGAUAUUUGGAGUGAGCAGUCAUUCCAGACAGACCCCGACCUGCCUCCAGGAUGGAAAAAGAUUACAGACAUGGCUGGUAUCUACUACUGGCACAUUCCUACAGGCACCACUCAGUGGGAACGGCCCGCCACUCAUCCACAACCCUCUGGACAGAUGGAGUCCACGGCCCUGGGUGACCACUCAGCCUCAACACCACGUAAACCUUCCCUGGGCUCACUCAGCCCCUCACCCACUCCAGACCACGAGUCAUGCCAGGCUGAGAUCUUCUUCAGGGGGUCGACUCGCUCGGGCAGCACCACCUCUGACAGCUCAGUGGAGCCUCUGUCCACUCACGAGCCCACACUCCCCACAUGUGGAUUUGUGAACAGCUGUUACUUUCCCCGCUCCACAUCUCUGCAGGGUGUGGAUCAAGAGUGUCGCUCUCAGCGUCACGAAGAUGAGGAAAAGAAACAGGUGUGGAGUGAAUUUGGCGGAAAAAUUGAUAGUGAAAUGUGGAAGGACCUGCAGGCAGCCACAGUGAACCCGGACCCCAGUCUGAAAGAGUUUGAGGGUGCUACGCUUCGCUACGCGUCACUCAAGCUAAGGAGCCGUCCAGCAGCAGAAGAAGAAGAAUCCACCAGUAUUAACAGUGACCCCGAGGCAAAGUGUUUCGCCGUGCGCUCUCUGGGUUGGGUGGAGAUGGCCGAGGAGGACUUGGCUCCUGGAAAGAGCAGCGUCGCUGUUAACAACUGCAUCCGACAGCUGUCCUACUGCAAGAACGACAUCCGGGACACCGUUGGCAUCUGGGGAGAGGGGAAGGACAUGUACCUCAUGCUGGAGAAUAAUAUGUUGAACCUAGUCGACCCCAUGGACCGCAGCGUGCUUCAUUCUCAGCCAAUCGCGAGUAUCCGAGUUUGGGGCGUUGGCCGGGACAAUGGCAGAGAGAGGGACUUUGCAUAUGUGGCGAGGGAUAAAAACACCAGGAUCCUGAAAUGUCAUGUGUUCCGCUGUGACACACCAGCCAAAGCCAUCGCCACCAGCCUGCACGAGAUCUGCUCCCGGAUAAUGACAGAGAGAAAGAAUGCCAAAGCGAUGGCAGGAGGCUCCCUCCAUGACAGGAUGCAGGCAGGACUCGAUCUCCCUUUACAAGCAGAGUUCCCCACACCAAAGACGGAGCUGGUUCAGAAGUUUCAGGUGCUCUAUCUUGGGAUGAUGCCUGUGGCCAGACCGAUAGGCAUGGAUAUACUGAAUGGAGCUAUAGACAGUCUGAUUGGUUCUUCCAGCAGAGACGACUGGACUCCAGUGGCCCUCAAUGUGGCCGACGCUACGGUCACCAUCAGCAAAGACAAGGAUGAAGAGGAUGUGCUGGUAGAGUGUCGUGUUCGCUUCCUGUCUUUCAUGGGCGUUGGGCAUGACGUGCACACGUUUGCCUUCAUCAUGGACGCUGGCGGCCAUCGUUUCGACUGUCAUGUCUUCUGGUGUGAGCCCAAUGCUGGGAGCGUGUCUGAGGCCGUACAGGCAGCUUGUAUGCUGCGGUAUCAGAAGUGUUUGGUGGCUCGACCGCCCUCCCAGAAGGCCUGCGGUUCGUUGCCUCCCGGCGACUCGGUGUCCCGCCGGGUGUCGACCAGUGUGAAGCGAGGCGUCCUGUCUCUCAUCGACACCCUCAAACAGAAGAGACCUGUCACAGAGUUGCCACAGUAACCGUGGCGAAACACUACCGGCUUUUGACCACAGCCCCAAGUCACCAUAGUAACUCGACGCAUCGCUGCCAAAACCCGUCACCACCACAGACCCCAGUAGCCAUGGAAACGCAGUAAAACCCUUGGGUUUUUUGGGGGUGGGGGGUUUAACCCGUCACAACUCCUUCACUGGUUUGGAAGCAAAUUGGAAUUUCACCUCAAGAGUUAAUUGGCUCUUGAGCCGCAAUUCAAGUCUGUUUCUUCCAAAUAAGUGAGAAUUAAAAAGGCACCAACCCCACAUCUGAAGAGGACCACCUGAGUGCCGGCCAUGCAGGCGAUGGUGUACAUAGAAGUAGGUCUCAUUCCCCUCAGCUCACAGCAGCAGAGGAGAAGAGGGCAGGAACUGAAGAAGUAGGAAGUGAUCCUGUGUGCUGCUGCUGCCGCCAAACCGCUGAUCUCUCCAUGCUCUUUGUGCAUUUGUGUCUGUGCCUGUGCUGACAGCAUGACCUUUCACACCUGGCCACACUCCCCCUCCAACCUCAUCCACCUGGUUGUCCUCCCCCCCGAGCUCUCUUGCUCAUCAUCUUCAGUAGACUGUAACCGUAAGGAGAUGAAAAGUUUCAUAUCAGUGGAUGAUCAUUGGAAGAUAAAGAGAUUUGUUUCAGUCUACACCCUCCAACCACUUGACCCUGCAUGAACUUUUUAUCUAAAUGUGAAUCAUUCUAUACAAUAUCAAUACACUGCUGCUGCUUUCAGAGACUCGAGGGUGAGAAAUCAGAAGUCGCACGGUUCGUUUAUCCUGUUCUUUCUCAUCAGCUGUGCGAAAGUCAGCCCCGCGUCUGAACGAGUGGUGACCUUUCACCCGAAACGUACUUCGCGCAUUUCCUCGUUUACGUUGUUAUUCUUUUCUCAUCCCUUUAGGAAAUGACAGAAGAUAGCCAUAACGGAGGACGAGAUGGGGGCGGGUGGCGCUGACCCUCUCUCUCUCUAGUACAGUGCUGCUCCAAACACAGGAGACCUUCAGCAUGCUGCUGCUCUUUAAUACACAUGUUGGAGAAAGUUUGACAGAUUAUUCCUUUAAAUCCCACCUCAGUAUCGGUCAUCAGACUUCAUUUAAACUAAUAAAGAUCAUGGGUGGCAUUAAAAAAACAAAAACAAGCCUGGAGGAACACUUGAGGAAUGCGUUUUUAUACCUGGGUGUGGUUGUGAUGAUUUUUAGUCCACAGCUGAUGUGAACUGUGAUUUGAGAAAGCGAGAGGACAAUUUUCUCUUGAGCUGUGGAUGUUUUCUAGAGGAAAGCCAGCAGAGAGACGUGUUGACCCAGACUGACGGACUUUAAUGGACUCUAUAUCGGUCUGUCUCCAGGAUUGUGUUCAGCUGAAUGCGCCUUGUGUUUUCUUACUCACUCGCCGUCUGAUUUCAUCAGUGUAAUGAAACCACUCGCUCUGUGUCUGUGUUGUGCAGAGUUCCAGUUUCACCUGCUAGCUCCUUAUUAUCACAUAUCUGACAAGCUUGGAUGUAUGGUAAUAACUAAUGAAGUCCUUUAUGUCACCUAAAAAUCACAUAAGAUCCUCACAACAACGCAUCUCCCUCCUGGGUGUGGGGCAGCAGAUUAAUACUCUGUUAAGUGACCCUUUGCUAAACCCCCUGAUUACAGCCUGUCAAGCUUCGGGUUUACUCUCGGCUUGGGUUUCCUUUCCAGACGAUGCUGCUAUAUCAGAGCUCUGUCCUCUCUUUAUAGGCUCCUUAUAAAGAAAUGGAAACACUAAAGCAUAAAUGUAAUCUGUGUUUGUAUUUCAACCUGCUGCAGAAUGGAUCAUGGCUCACUUUCUGCUGAGGACGCCAACUUUUAUGCCAGAAGGAGUAGCCUGGCCUCUGACAUUUAGCAUGAUAUUGCUAGCAGCUGGUUCAAAAUGACUGCCUAAUGUUACAACAACAGCCGGAUUAAAAAAUAUGGUCCAACUCUUCAUAAAACAUAUAAAGUCUGUUCAAGACGUUCAUCAUUGUUAGGGUCCAAAAUUGAACAUUUGCUGGUUAGCAGGAGAUGCUAGUCUGCGCGUAAUACACUUUCAAGAGUUACUGCAGAUAUGUGACGUGGCAUUUAAAAAUCUAAAGUCCAAAAUUCAUGCUUAUUUUUGCUUUAACUAAAAUUUCAAAACUUCCAGAUUAAUACUGCACAAUUCCAUGAUUUCUUUUUUUAAGAUGAAGAUUUUAAAGAUGUCGAGCUGCAGCCGUCCCUUGAAUUGUUUGUGGUUCAGUAACUAUGCACAAGUUCCCAGGACGAGAUGCCUUCAUGUCUGGAAUGACAUCCCAUAGUUGGAAAAGAUAAAAACAAACAAAUCUUCCAAAUCAAACACAAACUACCUGCUGUGAAUAAGGGAGCAGUAACAAUUGUAGUACAUUCGUAAAAAAGUUUACCUUAUAGAGACCCAAUGUAGAAGUCACCAAACUUCUCUGGUUGACCGUCCAGGUCAGUCCUCCGGGUGGGUGCGGCUGUGCCGAGUGGAGGAUUUCCCCUUGUAGCUGUGAGGCCUGGACGCCUAAGUUUGUGAGGGCGUUAACUCGAGAAUGAGGUGACAUAGGAUUUGAUACCAUAGCUGCAUCUACUAAAAGUCUUGGACAAGUUUGAAUAUCAGUCACUUUGACGUCAAGGUCAGAGGUCAAGUUUUCAGAAAAUCUUGUAAAUGCGUUAACUUGAGAAGGAGGCGGCAUAGGAGUUUCUACUAGGAGGCUGAGUUGAAGUCACCGGUAUUUUCCUUGACUUGUGAGAUUCCCGGUCUUCGUCUUUGCCUGUUUUUGUUUUGUUGUUUUUGUUUGUGCUGCGUCACAUUUCUGUGAUAAAUAAGUGGCCUAAAAAAAACAAAGAAAUGCUUGACAGGGGCUGAGGCAGUAACUUGAGGGGGGGGGGCUUAGCUAACGGUCAGCAUGUUGUCUUGCACUUCGUCUGUUGGCUCCACAGGGGAACCGAAAGAAACUAUUUUAGUAACGGAGAUGAUUUCUUCUUUUGUCACAAGGAUGCUGAAAUGUGAACGAGAUGACAAAAACUUUGUGUACAUAAUACCGAUUUCAUGUAACAUUUGGCAUUAAUCAUCGUUAUAAGCUAUGUUUUUCUUCUUUUUUUUUAUGUGUUUUUUUGCCUGUUAUUUUCCUCUAAUGAAAUGCCUUUUUUUUCCUUUUCUAUUUUUUGAAAAUUCACCAAAUGGCCAAAGUGUAAAAUACUGAUAAUACAUUGUAGAUAAAGAAAAAUACGAGAGCAGAUAAUGAACACGGAGGCGAUCGGAAGCGCUCACAGUUGGCAGUUAAGUUGAUGCUGAAUUUAACUUAGCAAUUAUCUAUGCAUUCUUUUGAUCUGGAGAAACGGAAAGUCAUGAAAAGCCUUGCAUGCUCUGGGAUGGUUGAGAGAGAGAGAGAGAGAGAGAGACUGUAUGUAUUGAACAGAAAUAUUUUUUAUUUUAUUUAUUCUAUUUUAUAAAAGGUAUAUACUGAUUUUUAUUAGUUGGGGCAAGUAAAGUCUCAUGACUGUCAUCGUCUCAGUCCCCGGUUAAGUCACAACGCUACAACAAGCUCCGCUUUGCAGAACACAGCAGGUUAUGGAUUAUAUCUUCACCUUGUACAGUGUACCGAGAGCUGGGAGUCCACUGCUCCGUCUGAACCGCUGACCGGAGGGUGAGGAGGAAGAUUGUAGCAGCAGUGGACUCCUUGCAUCUCUUGUCAGUCUUGCACAUGAACAACGCGCCCACACACACACACACACAUAUACACUAUCCAUUUCCCACUGAUGGAUGUGUCUGCUUCCGUUUGCUGCUCACUGAUUUGUACACUUUAUCAAUGUAACCAAUUGUGAGAAUAAACAGCAUUAUAAAACCUGUG